UGUUUUGGAGUCGAUCGGGGUUACGUUUGGUGUGCCAAAAAUGUCAAGCAGAAGAGCAUUGCAUUUUGUUUUUAAAAUAGGGAAUAGACACGAGAGUGCAAAAUUCUAUCGGUCCAUUCUUGGUAUGAAGACUUUACGACAUGAAGAGUUUGAAGAAGGAUGCAAGGCAACAUGCAACGGUCCUUAUGAUGGCAAAUGGAGCAAAACUAUGAUAGGAUAUGGAUCAGAAGAUGAUCAUUUUGUACUUGAACUGACCUAUAACUAUACAGUUAAAGAAUACAAGAGAGGGAAUGACUUUCAGUCCAUUACAAUCUUCUCCAAAAAUGCUGUUGCCAAUGCUAAAAAGUUUGGUUAUCCAAUGACUGAUAAAGGAGAUGGUCAAUACCUGAUCCAGGCUCCUGAUGGAUACCCGUUUGUCCUGUUUGACAAGGAUUCUGGAGAUCCAGUUCAAAAGGUCGCUUUAGGAGUAUCUAAUCUAAAGAAUUCACUGGACUAUUGGCAUAAACUUCUUGGUAUGACUAUUGUAAACCAGGAAGACAACAGUGCAACAUUGUGCUAUGAUACCAAUAAAGUCAAGCUAGAGCUUGUCCAGGUUGAUGGUAAAGUAGACCGUGGUACAGCGUUUGGAAGGAUUGCUUUUUCUUGCCCUAAGAUUGAACAAGAAGGGAUUCAGAGCUCUGUUCAAAAUGCUGGACAUACAAUCCUUACUCCUCUUGUCACUUUGGAUACUCCUGGAAAAGCUACUGUUAGAGUUGUUAUACUAUCUGAUCCUGAUGGACAUGAAAUCUGCUUUGUUGAGGAUGAAGGUUUUAGGGAGCUGUCCCAGUUUGAUCCACAAGGUGACAAGCUUUUGGAUGAGGGUCUGGAAAAAGAUAAAAGCGAAGAAUGGUUCGCAAAGAAAAAAGCAAAAAAGAAUUAAAGAAGUGCUAACUACUGCUGAAAUAAUUAGCAUGAACAAAAAUUUGUAAACAUUUAUAGGUAUUAGAAUAAUAAUUGUGAAGUAGAAA